AUGGUGGAGUACUACAGCCCAUCCGGACAACAUGCUCCCGGGUCGACUACUGCUUCAUCAGCUCCGGCGCCUCCAGCGGGCAUUGGCUUCUCCUUCAUCGCCGACAGCACCGCCCCGGCGCAAACCUUCACCAUGACCGUCGACACCGGCGCCUCCAACCACUUCCUUGACAACGAGCUGAUUCCGGCACUGGAACAACGUAUGGUCGAGUACACCAAGAUCGACCCCCCGCUCCUCAUCCACGUCGCCGGACAAGGGCAGCUUCACGGCACCGCCAAAGGAGCUCUCAAGGUCACCGUAACCGACCAAAAUGGCAAUCCGCGCUCCAUCCGCCUCCCGUUCAUCUGCGUUCCGAAGCUGGGGCGUCACCUGUUUUCGGGGGGAACAGCGAGGAAGCAGGGAGUGUCAACAUUUAUUGGAUCGACGUCGUUCCUCGAUACGGGCGUUUUCAAAAUCCCUCUUCGACCGGACGACGCCUGCGAUACGCUUUUUCACUUCGAUUUAGCUAUUGCGCCGGACAGUGUCGCAACGCACCAUGCGUUCUCGACCAUCUCGGGUUUAGAUCUACCGACGGAAAGCGCCAACACCGUGUAUACAUCGGCCUCGGCAUCUUCAGCAUCAUCUACCACUACAGGAGCAGUAGCCGGAGCACGACCGGCAUCAUCAACCGGGACCACCUAUGCAGCGGCUUCAUCAGCAACGGCCUCAGCCAACACUUGGCACCAACGGCUCGGACACCCCAACGUUCAGGUACUUGAACAACUAGCACGCAUCGACGGCAGUGGGGUACAUCUACGCGAUUCUUUUUCGGCGUGCGGCACCUGCAAAAUAAACAAAAGCUCACAGCAGAACCACCCGAAGAUCGCAAACAUGGACGGCAUCACCGAGCGUCUUCAGCUCGUCAGCACCGACCUACUCGGCCCCAUUUCGCCAAGCGCGAUUGGAGGCUACAACUACAUGGCGAAAUUUACCGACCAUGCCACCAGGCUUAAAGCGGUCUACUUCAUCGCCAAGAAAGGCGACGCUCUAUCUUCUCUCGUCAACUACGUCCAAGACGUUGCCAUCCCGCUCGGACUACGGGUGCAGUAUCUACAUUCAGACAACGGGGGAGAGUACGUCAACAGCGACUUCCGCGACUACUGCAGGACAACCGGCAUAAUUCAGCGAUUCAGCUCGCCGCACACGCCGCAACAGAACGGCAUUUCCGAACGAGACGGGCGCACCAUCAUGAAUAUGGCCCGCUGCAUCAUCAACGAGACAAAUCUUCCCAAGCAUUUGUGGGGGGAGAUUGCGGCAACUUCGGUGUUCCUGAUCAACCGUCUACCGCACAAGGCCCUCAAGGGCGACACGCCAUACUUUCGCAUGUUCGGCAAGCAGGCGAACCUUUCCUUUCUGCGCAUCAUCGGCUCGCGCGCCUUCGUUCACAUAGAAGGUCACACUACGAAGCUGCAGGCAAAAGCGUGGGAAGGAGUCUUGGUGGGCUACAACGACGACAGCCCUACAUUCCGCAUAUACAACAGGACAACGGGGCGCAUCACAAGCACAAGAAACGUCACCUUCAUUGAGAAGCCGCCUGCCGUUCUGCCCAUCGUCGAAGACGUAUCAGGAGAGCUGGCGAUCGACCAGGAACCUGGUUCAACGGACAUGGACAUCAUCAACGACGGCAUCACUCUUUUGGAACACGAACCAGAAAACAACAGCCGUACCAACAUUCAGCGACAGCAAGGUGCCAAGAUCAGCUCUCGCCUGCGUUCAUCUGGUCAAGUGCCUCUUCCAGAGCAGGACAGCAGCAACGCAAGGCAAGCCAGGGCCCUUCGGCAACUGAAUUUGGUGAACGAAGAUACUUCCCAGCAAAUGCUGGACUCCUACACCGAGUACAUCGGCGCGGUCGGCCUCGACAAUGUUCUUCCGCCGGCGGCAGUGGAAGUUCCCAACACAUACAAGCAGGCCAUGAACUCACCGCAAUCAACGGAGUGGGAGCAGGCCAUGCUCAAGGAGCUAGCCAGCUUGGACGACCACGACGUCGCCGACCUCAUCCCCGUUUCCUCCGUUCCGGCCGGCUGCUCCGUCAUCGGCACGCGCUGGGUCUACCGAGUGAAGACGGACGGACGUUUCAAGGCACGAGUUGUUGUUCAGGGAUGGGCUCAACAGCAUGGGAUCGACUGCUUCACGACUUUUGCACCUGUAUGCAAAAUCGGCAGCCAACGACUUCUUCUGGCAAUCGCUGCCGCCCAAGGGUGGCCUGUCAUUGCUAUGGACGUGCAGACGGCAUUUCUCAACGGGAAACUGUCGGAAGACGUGUAUACCUAUCAGGCACCAGGGUUCGAGAAAAUUGAAAGCAGCACCGGCAAACCGCUCGUCUGGAAGCUGAAGAAAAGUCUUUAUGGCCUACGUCAGUCUCCAAGCGUGUGGAACCUCACGAUCGACAAGGAUCUCCGUGGCAAAGGCUUCACGCCUACCGCUUCGGACCCGUGCGUCUACACCAAAGGGAGCGGCAACAGCUACAUUAUGCUCACUCUCUUCGUGGACGACAUUCUGCUCACUGUAGCAACCAGAGAGUGUUAUCAAGGCCAAGUGGAUUGUGGAGGGACGUAUGCACCGACUGUAGCGGUUUCUAGCAAUCACUUGUUGGCAGCGAUGGCGUGGGAGCAAAAUCUUUCUCUUCGUCAUUUGGACAUCAAGCAAGCAUUUGUCCAGUCGGAUUUGGAUGAGGAUGUUUUCAUGCGUCUGCCAGAGGGGUGUGGUAGAUUGUCAGGUAUGAUUAACAAGAGUCUGUAUGGCCUUAAGCAGGCAUCAAGGCAAUGGCAUUCACACUUGGCGAGGGGUUUGAUUUGUUUGGGUUUUAUUCAGUGUCUGGCGGAUACGUGUGUGUUUUGGUUGAUCGAGGAGGGAAGAGUGGUAGUGAGUCUGGCAGUACAUGUGGAUGAUAUUUUUUCGAUUGGAGAGGAGGAGAGAUGUGACCAAUUAAAAGACGUCAGUGCUAGCGGCGGACCUUCAGCGGAUCUCAGCCUUCUUCACCUUCUACUUCAUGACCAUCAUGGACUCAUACUGCACAAGCCAGCGGCACCACCGCAGCAGACCAUCAGCAGUCACCAGCAGCCCUGCGCAAACGACCUCAUGUUCGUCCUGGACUCCAAGGUCUUCAACUUUCCUUUAAGAGGAUGGGCUCGCGACGUAGAUUCAGAGUUUGAUUUCGGACUGUCAAGCAGAGUAUACGAUGUGGUAUCAUAGCUAAACUAGGCUUUCAACGAACGUUCCAAACAGGCAGACCUACGGGCGAGACCUUAUAGGCACUAUAGCUGAUUGGUGAUUUUUCCUUGUUUUGCAUUCUAAGCACUAUGUUCUAAACACUGCUUCACAGUAGUAGUAGUUUUAUCUCUGGUAAUUGAGUUUGCUUGCAAGUAAUACAAACACGGCCUCUGCAGCAGUUUAGCCAAACCAAGCACUGCUUCUACGGCAGUAGACUAUAGCCAACGUAAACAUGCACCAAGCUGCAUUAAUUAUUAAGUAUUGGUAUGAACAUGUAUUGUUCUUCUCUUCGUAUCUCCUCUGAGUGUUUAUUGCUUGGUAAAUACGUACAGCAGAAUCUCUCGCUGUUUCAGAAUUGAUUAGCCUACACAGCAGUAUAGCUGCAUCAUUCUUGAAUUGAAUUUAGUGCUGAUCAUUUCUUUGAUUAUCUUUCCUAAAUUCGUACAUGUAAGCGUACAUAUGUUCUUUGAAUGGACUUUCCAUUGCGGGGGAGUGUUGGUAUAUUCAAUGUCAGUCAUUGAUUUUUGUAUUGCUGUAAGCACAGCACGUAGGUAAUCACCGUAAGAGAAUUCGGUAGAUUAUACACAGCUAUGGAGAAUUCUGUAGAUUAUGCACUUAAUCAUAUCAUUUCUAGAUCCGUUCUAGAGGUCGGACUAGCCGCCUAUUUCUAGAAAGCGGGAUGUUGAAAUGACCCGUGUGUGUGCAUCUUUCUGUGAUAGCUUGGAGGCUCGCCCCCUGUGGUGCUCGCCCCCUCUCGAUCACUCUUCUUCUUUUCCUUACCUUUCGGCCAACUAAGAGCCACUUCAAACCAUCAAUCUGGUCUUUACACAAGUGUACUUAACAGUCACACGUGAGCCUCUGCACACUGUUUCUACACAGUGCUUGCCACAUCCAGGGAUACACCCAUCACGAGGUUACAUCCCA